CAUUUUAAUUCGCAACGAGUGUUUGAUUGAUGGUGGUCACUCUCUCUCAGAAGCAAUUUUCGAUCGUUAAUGGGUUUUAGGCUAAACCUCAACUGGUGUGGUCUUUCAGUCCAGUCCCCUCUCUCCACAAGUACUUCCUCCUGGCCUACGUCUUCUUCUUGUAGAGGCAGAGAUAGUUCCUACUUCUUGGCGAGAUCAUCUGCUGCAUCAGUUAUAUAUGGAGACACUGAAACACUUAACGAUACUUCCAGAGGGAUACAUGUCUAUCCAUCUUCCCAUCAGCUUUUGGAGAAUUAUUACUUGGGAGGAGCUAAACAAUUAAAGGUGGCGCUUGGAAAGGGGUCCAGUGAUAGUUUAUACAGUUUACUUGACAGCGACAUCCAAAUACCUAAAAACGAGGAUAAGUUGGAAAACCUUACUAGUGUACAAGCAACCCAAGCAUCAAAGUUGAGAUUAUUGAUGAAAAAUCUUGAUGUAUUAGAAGACAUGUUUGCUGAUUCUAAUGCGGUAAGGUUGGAAGGAGAUAUUCUAGAGCAAUUAGAAAGACUUGGAGCUCUAAGAUUGUUCCAUUCGUGUCUAUCCAGGACCAUCAAAUCCUACACUUCUUUUGAUUUGUCUGACGGGCCCACUGAGAUUGUCGAAGAGUGUGCUAGGGUGAAUGAUUCGGUGGAUAAUCAUCUAGGCAAGGUGUUUGUUCAUUCUGGAAAGAAAGAACUCAGAAAAUUGAGGAGAAAAAGAACUUCGGAUAAUGAAAGUCCCACUAUUCAAGAAUCGCCUUCCAAAACCAUUUCGAAGGAUCUUCAACAACUUAAAUUUGCCAUUGCUGGAAGAACCCCGAGAUCUAGAAAUAAAAGACAGAAGACAGCUAGAAAUGAGGCUGAUAUGUCGAGUGGAGUUAAGAGGGUUGCUGAAUUGGAGAAAAUUAGGACGAAACUGGAACAAGAGACGGGUCAAAUAGCUAGCUUGAGUAACUGGGCUGAAGCUGCUGGAAUUAAAAAGAAGGAGUUGCAGCAGCAUUUGCAUUACGGUUGGCAUUGCAGGGAUGAGCUUCUAAGAAGCACACAUUCCUUGGUUUUGUUUAUUGCAAGAAACUAUUCGGGACUCGGAGUAGCCUUUGAAGAUCUGAUCCAGGCAGGAAAUAUAGGCGUCUUGCAAGGUGCAGAAAGAUUUGACCAAUCAAGAGGAUACAAAUUCUCAACCUACGUACAAUACUGGAUUAGGAAGUCAAUGUCCACAUUGGUUGCAAAACAUGCUAGAGGAGUCCGAAUUCCUUGCACUUUAAGCAAAGUGAUAAAUCAAGUACACAAGGCACGAAAGGCCCUUACCACAAGCAACGGGAAAUAUCCAGACGACUAUGAAAUUGCCAAGUUUACCGGUCUAUCCGUAGCUAAAGUUAUGUCAGCUAGCAAAUGCCUAAGAGUUGUGGGAUCAAUUGAUCAGAAAAUAGGCGAGUACAUGACCACAAAAUAUAUGGAAAUUUUAUCGGAUACAUCAAUGCCGAGUCCAGAAGAAGCUGUGAUAAGGCAGCACAUGCUAAACGAUGUUUCGACACUUCUAAAUGGCUUAGAGCCAAGGGAGAAACAGGUAAUAAUCCUAAGAUUCGGACUAGGAAACUGUCAGUGCAAAUCGCUUGAGGAAAUCGGUAGGCUUUUUCGUGUAAGCAAAGAGUGGAUAAGGAAAAUAGAACGAUCGGCUCUUAUUAAACUGAGGAAUGAGGAUUCUCUCAAAAUUUUGAACCACUAUGUACAUAUGCAAUAAGAGAGAUGGUCAAAUAUUACCUUAGUUUAUACUGCAGUUAGAAUAUCUGCUCAUUUUUUUCAUCUCUGGGGAUAUAUAAAUUGUUUUCAAGCAUGUUUGUUGCCAUUUCCCCCUCGAAACAAAUCAAAAAACUAGGUCCUAUUUUUUAUUUUAUUUUUUAAUGUAUAAUUCUUUGUGAAAAUGUAAACUUUUUGGCUGUAAGCGUUGAUUUUUUUUUUUAUU